AUGGACGACCAGUAUCCCGAGCUGCAACUGCCAGAGUCACGGGUCUUGAUCGUCAUAACGGGCGGCACGAUAUGCAUGCGCAAAUCUCCAGACGGACUGGUACCUGCGCGGGGUUUCCUCAAAGCUGGACUUGCACCCAGACCAGUCUUCAAUGAUGGAUCGUACCCCGAGCCUUUGGAGAUUGUUACCGACGACAAGGGCACACGCAAAGCCGUUCAAAGUCUUAGAACUCCAGUCAGCACCUAUGAUCGCCGCGUGCGAUACUGCGUGCUCGAAUUUGAAAAGUUGCUCGAUAGUAGCUCUAUUGACUCCACUGGUUGGGAUCAAAUUGCCCGGACGGUGCAGCGAAACUACCAACUCUUCGAUGGUUUCGUUAUUUUGCAUGGCACAGACUCUCUGGCGUACACGUCGUCGGCGUUGAGUUUCAUGUUCCAUAAUCUGGGGAAGCCGGUGAUAUUGACGGGAUCUCAAGCGCCAAUGAUGAACUUGCAAACCGAUGCACAGGACAACCUCCUGAACUCUCUGAUCAUUGCUGGACAUUUUAUGAUACCGGAAGUGUGUCUAUUUUUCAACUUCAAGUUGUUCCGAGGAAAUCGCGCGACCAAAGUAUCUGCAGAAGACUUUGACGCAUUUGGUAGCCCCAAUCUACCACCGUUGGCUACUGUCUCAUCUACCAAGACGAAUGUCCUGUGGCACCGCGUUCAUAGAUCUGUCGAUCUAAGACCUUUUACUAUACAAACCAGUCUGGAUACAGCACACGUAGCUUGCCUGCGUGUGUUCCCAGGUAUUACACCUGCAAUGGUAGAUGCAGUCCUACGCUUGGAAGGCCUCAAAGGACUGGUACUGGAAACUUUUGGAGCCGGAAAUACCCCCGGAGGACCAGACAGCGCAAUGACGCGAUGUUUAGCGGAUGCGGUAAAGAGAGGGAUCGUGAUUGUGAAUGUAACACAAUGUCUGAGCGGCAGUGUCAGCGCUCUAUACGCCCCAGGAGCGUACCUCGGUCGUGCAGGCGUCGUUUUCGGCCAGGAUCUAACCUCAGAGGCAGCGCUCACUAAGCUGGCAUACCUCCUUGCGCUACCGGAUGCUACCCCCGAAGAGGUUGCGAAGCGCAUGUCCGUUUCCUUACGUGGCGAGCUCACUGAGACUACAAGGACACAUUUCGAACACCCGUCAAGAAGUGGUGUCCUUACCCCUGAGCUUUCAAGUCUCACAGCGCUCGGCUAUGCUGUCCAAAAGGGCGACCUGCAAGCGACAAAAGACAUAAUUCGAGGAGAGCCUCGCUGGUUGUUGAACGAUGCAGAUUAUCAAAUGAACAGCCCUGUACAUCUUGCGGCAACAAGCCCCAACGUUGAGAUUCUGCGCGACUUUCUGGCCCAAGGCGCCUCUGUGCAUCUUCGAAACCGAUCAGGAAAUACCCCGCUCUUCUUGGCCGCAGCGGCUGGCUUACCAGAUCACGUACAGACAUUAAUCGACGCAGGAGCCCAUCUUCACAGCGAUGAAGUCAGUGCCGCAAAGCUGCAUGCGUCAGAGGGCGACGGCAACGCUGAAGUUUGGAGCCGUGUGAUUGGCUGA